AUGAAGUUAUCCAUCACCACAGCGCUUGCUAUUUUCGGCCUUUCCACUGCUGUUUCGGCCCAUGGAGGCCACGGAAGAGCGCCGGGUCUUUUCCACCACGACGGGGUGAUAAACCUCGAAAACUUGCAGCUCCAAUUGGCCGCGUGUCCUGUGGUUGAACACCUCAACACCUUGAAGGCGAUCGAAGAGGCCAACCACGAGGAGUCCAUUGUGGAAUGGUUCUUCGAGAAGUUGUUCCCCUUUGGACCCGCUGCCAACGCCUUACUCGCCACUGCAUACAUCUCUGGUCCUCCAAACUUUAUCCUUGCGUUGAUUCCUGCCUCUAUUGACCCCUCCAGCCUCUCUCUUCUUGUCAGUUUUGCUAUUGGUGGUUUGCUCGGCGACGUCUUCUUGCACUUGUUGCCGCAGGUCUUUAUGGGGGAGCCUGUUGACGGCGGUGUUCAGUUUAUGAUUGUGGACGAGAAGAGAAACACCAUCUUGGGUGUCUUUAUUUUUGUGGGCUUUGUCAUUUUCAUGAUUAUCGAUAAGUCCUUGCGUAUCUUGGCCCACACCGGCGACGGCGAAUCCCACGGUCAUGGCCACUCGCACACUCACGCCUCCUCCAGUGCCGUGGAAGAAAAGGAAUCCGGCGAUUCCACCCUCCGUCAGAGAAAGAGAUCGGUGGAAGAUGCCAAGGCCUCUGAGCCGGUCAUCGCCCAGCCCAACGCCUCCGUCAAGACGUCGGCGUACCUCAACUUGAUCUCCGAUUUUACGCACAACAUCACCGACGGACUUGCCAUCGCGGGCUCUUUCUAUAUCUCCAAGUCUGUGGGGUCCACAACCGCCCUUGCGGUUUUCUUCCACGAGAUUCCUCAUGAAAUCGGUGACUUUGCGCUCUUGAUCCAGGGUGGCUUCACCAAGUGGGAGGCUAUGAACUCGCAGUUCAUCACCGCGGUGGGAGCCUUCUUGGGUACCUUUAUCGGGAUUGGGAUCCAGCGCUUGGGUAAGUCCAGCGCCGUUGCCAUAGCCGGCGAGAAGGUUGCUGAAACCGUCGGCGGCUUAUGGGGUACCACCGUCCAGAUCGGCGACUUGACUAUUCCGUUCACCGCCGGUGGGUUCUUGUACAUCGCGACCGUGGGUGUGAUUCCGGAGAUCUUGGAGUUGGGCAGCAAGACCACCAGGUGGCACGAGGCGAAGAAGAGUGUUGCGCAGUUGGUGUGCAUGAUGGUGGGGAUUUUGUUGAUGUUUGGCAUCUCCUGGAUGGAGUGA